AGUCUUCCAUGUCGAGCUACUUAAUUUAGACGAGCAGAAGACAAUGCAGCUGAUUGACAAGCUGCUAGAGGCCACCUUAGUGCCUGCAACAGUAGCAGCAUAUUUGAUGGUUGGUUCAAGAUAUAAAAAAGUCGGAUGGAUAGUGAAAACAGUGAAUCAUAUUGCUAAAUACUCUUAAAUCACAUUCUUGUAUGUAGACAAAAAUUAUGUCCUGAUAAUAUAUAAUUAUGACGGUCGAAAAGCAUCCUAGCAGAACUUGUUAAGUGUGCGAAGACAAACCAUGACUACCUAGAGCAUUAUAAAGGUUUGACCUCACUGUGAUUGGGCAUGUGCAACGUACGGGCUAACCCUCACUAGUCAGAAUAGAAAAGCAAAACAAAAGCAAGAGAGGAAAUUGGAAGCGAUCCCAUCUUCCCACUUUUUUCUGCUAUUCACGUGACCACCUUCCAAUUGAGAGAAUCUCUUCCAUAACAAAUUUUAUUCUUCAUCCCAAUUCUGAUUUUGGCAUUUUUGUGACCCUCAUAAAAAAGGACACGGUAUUUUUACUAGGGGGACCAUAUGAUUUUGAGCCAGCAAAAUUUCUUUCUUCUUCUCCAAGUGAUAUAUAUCUCCUGUGCACACACACAUUUGAGGGAGGUAGAGGCAUCAUUGAGAAAGGGAGUGGGGACAAUACUUUGAGGGGAGGAGAGGAUUUUUGGGAUAAAUUAGGAUUUUUCGGUCCGGGUUUACGAUUCCUAUUCGAUUAUUGUCGUUGUUUUCUCGUUUGAAUCUUGGAGUCAAAGCCUCGUACUUGCUGAUUUUUGUAUAGAGAAAGGAUUUGCUUAACAUGUUAUGAUCAUUUUCUUGCCUUGGGUUAGUAGGACAUUAAGAGAAAGUCUCUGUUGGGGAAUUUUGUUAAGUACUGUGGGUCCCAACUAUUUGUAUACUAAUUGUAGUUAGCUGAUUUGUAUAAAUAAUAUAACCGACUAAGUGAUUGUACAACUAUUCAUUUUCUCUGUCUUUGCAGGUUAAUAACAAAGAGCUUCAUUUCCAGUCUUUUUCUUCCUCUCUCACCUUCUAGAAUCUUCAGUUCCUCCAUAGCUAGAGCUUCUCAACAUGGUAUCAGAGUUCGGUGCUCGUUUCUCUAAGCUCGACUGUAAUAGAACUGGAGUAAUUCGAUUGCAUUGGUAGUUUUUCAAUCUCAUCAAUCGAUCGAGAUAUUUCUUCAACACAGAAGACUUCUCACUCAUUCUAGGGUUUGGGAAUUCUAAAUUAUCUGGUUGAAUCUCGGUCGGAUCAAGACUAAUUUCGUAAGAAAUCAACAAAUUUAAAGUUUAUUUCUCAGAAGCAAUUUGUCUCAGCUACAAUGGCGAUCAAUGAAGAAGCUAGUGAUUCUCCAUUUGCGGCUUCAAUGUCUACGCCAACUACAGAGCUGAUUGAUCACAAUCAUCCUCUUUACAUUCAUCCUUCCGAUACUCAAGGUUCUGUACUCACUUCUAUUCAACUUCAAGGUUCUGUACUCACUUCUAUUCAACUUCAAGGUUCAGAAAAUUAUUCAAUUUGGAGUAGAUCUAUGAAAAUUAUUUUGCAUGGCAAAAAUAAAUUAGGCUUUGUUCUAGGCACUUGUAGAAAGACUAGAUAUGAUGUUAGCUUGCAUGAAUUGUGGGAUAGAUGCAAUGCUAUUGUACUUGCUUGGAUAAUGAACACAGUUUCACCUAGUUUGAUCAGCUCUAUGAUCUAUGCCUCCGAUGCACACACUGUUUGGGAAGACCUCAAGGAGAGAUUUGAUAAGGAUAAUGCAUCUAGGGCUUGUUAUUUGCACAAAGAAAUUGCCACAUUGACUCAAGGCAUAUCCUCUGUCUUAGUAUACUAUCCUAAACUGAGAGAACUCUGGGAUGAGUAUGAAACACUAACACCACCACCCUCUUGUGGCUGUGCUGAAUCAAGGAAACAUGUAGAACAUUACCAGAUACAGAAGCUAUAUUAGUUCCUCACUGGAUUAAAUGAAUCCUAUGAGAAUGCAAAGAAUCAAGUGUUUAUGACUCGACCCUUACCAAAUCUGAAUCAGGCCUAUGCUAUGAUAGUAAAUGUAGAAAGUCAGAGGAUUAGUGGAAAAUGUGUUUAUGCUGAAAGCAAUGAAGUUGCAAUGAUGAGUAACAAGAUGUAUACUGGAGGUUACAAUGGUGGAGGACAGUCUAAUAUCAGUUCAAACAAAUCAAAUGCAAGUUACAAACCUAGGAACUCAGCUGGUAAAACUGCAGUCUGGUGUGAUUAUUGGAAAUACAAGGGUCACACCAGAGAGAAUUGCUUCAAACUUCAUGGUUAUCCAUCUGAUUUCAAGAACAAGAGAAGAGGGGGAGCUCCACAUGGUCAAGCCAAUAGUGCUGUUAAUUCUGGUAUUUCAGAGCCACAAGGACAGGGACAUCAUGUGACAACUACUCCAGCUCCAGCUCACUUUUUCACUCAGGAACAAUACCAACAAAUCCUGCAUAUGUUGAACAAGGACAAUGAGGUUGAAUCUGCAGCCAAUGUUGUUGUUGCAGGGCCAACAUGUACUGUACAUGCAUUCAUGACCAAUUUAGUGCAUAAUAAUUGGAUAGUAGACACAUGUGCC